AUGCGAGAGUGUCCGAAGUGCAAAACAAAAGAAUAUAAUAACCGUUCUAUGGUGAUGAUGAUUAACGAAUGUGGCCAUCCACUGUGCAGAAACUGUGUAGAGAACCUGUUUGCACGUAACAGUGGCCCUUGUCCUCAAUGUGGAAGGACCUUGUAUAAAAAAGGGUUUUGGGAACAAACGUUUGACGAUCCAAUCAUUGAAAGAGAAAACCACGUUCGGAAGAAGCUAAAAAAGAUUUAUAAUCUCCAUCGAGAAGACUUCCCAAGUUUGCGAGAGUUUAAUGAUUACUUGGAGCAUUUUGAAACAAUCGUAAUGAACCUAGCAAACGAUAUUGAUGUUGAGGAGACAGAGGCAGAAAUAAAGAAAUUUAAGGAAAAGAACAGCGAUUUAAUCGAAAAGAACAAAAAGAAGUUGGAUGAAGAUCAGUUGUUUAUCCAGCGCACUUUGGAAGAGGAAAGGAGAUUCAAAGAAAGAAAAGAGAGGAAUGGUUAUAAUGAUGAUGGGUUAGCACAAAAAUCGGGUAACGUUGUGAAUGCAAAAUCUAUCAUUGAAGAACUGAAAGACUCUGAUUUACCUGCAGAAGUGAUCCUUGAUAGACAGAGGAAACGACAGAUUGAAGCAGACUUGGCAGAAAAGGAAGAAGCGGCUAAAAGGAAGAGAAAGCUAAAAUUAGAAGCGCAGCAGAAAAAGUUGGAGACUGCUACAUUUGGCCCCCUACGGGUCAGCGGUGCUCCUUUUAUUUAUCGUCCGCCAGAUUUACUUAUCAAUGGCCCACCUUUGCCUACUUGGGAGAAUGUUUCUUCUAUGGGUUAUGUGCAACAUAUUCGCACAGUGAGCAAAGGUCGUCUCGCUGCUGGAUUUACUCCUGAAACGGGUUGUAUGCGGGCACUGUUUGAAUCUAAAGUUGACUUGUUCGCGUUUUAA